UGGUCAAAAUGUGAGAAGAUAUUCGAGACUUUGUGAACAGAGAGGAUCAGAGGGAAAAAAGCAAAGGAAAAAGAUAGGCAAUGGCAAUGGCAGCAACUGAAGCUGAAGCAGAGCAGAGCAGAGUUCCAGUCUAAGCGCGUCUAUGUAUUUUCCCGAGACACCCAUUUCUCUCGCUAUAUAAAAACACUAUACUAUAUAUUCUUGUGUAAUUUAUACACAUUUUUUUAUGGGGGAGGAGGAUGUUUAAAAAUUUUCUAUUAUAUAUAAAAAAGUACAGAUCUUUCUAACUUUGACUGAAGAUUGAAAGAAAGAGAAGGCAACCAAAGCCAACACUUUCGGCGCUCCUUCUUUCUUCCCUUUGGCUUUGCUUUGCUUGCGUCUCCAUCUUUCUUCUUCCUUGUUUUGCUCUCCAAAAUCUCUCUUUUAAAAUUCCAAUUUUUAUUGUUUAUUUAUAAUUUUCACACUUGAACAAAGUUUCAAAACAUUUUUUUUAUUACCACUAAUAAAAUAACAUAUCCAUAGUUGGCCCUCAAAAGAAAACCUCUUUCACUCUCUGUUUUCUUGCCCCAAUUGUACGAAUCUAAAGCUAACCCUUUUAGUCUAUCAACCUUACCAGACCCUUCUUCUUGUUAUUGGGAGGAGACGACUGUAAUCAUUGUUGCCUUAAAAUUCUUUAUUAGUGAAUACUGAUGGAGGCAAGGGCACAUAAGAUGCCUUUUGGUGCUUAAUUUUAUGCAUCUUCUAUGCUGAUUACUGUUCUAGAGAAUAUGGGUUUAUUAUGCAGUAAAAAUCGUCGUUUCACUGAAGCAGAUGCCGAGGAGAAUGCACAGGCUGCAGAAAUUGACAGGAGAAUUGAACAAGAGCGAAAAGCUGAGAAGCAUAUCCAAAAACUUCUACUACUUGGUGCUGGUGAAUCUGGGAAGUCAACAAUUUUUAAGCAGAUAAAGCUUCUGUUUCAAACUGGCUUUGACGAGGACGAGCUGAAGAGCUAUAUCUCAGUCAUCCAUGCAAACAUCUAUCAGACUAUAAAAAUACUGUAUGAUGGAUCAAAGGAAUUUGCUCAAAAUGAUGCAGAUUCUUCCAAAUAUGUUUUAUCCAACGAAAUUAAGGUUAUUGGAGAGAAACUAUCAGAAAUCGGAAGCAGGUUGGACUAUCCACGUCUUAAUAGAGAACUUGCACAGGAGAUAGAAACUCUCUGGAAAGAUUCUGCAAUUCAGGAAACCUAUGCUCAUGGUAAUGAACUUCAAGUUCCAGAUUGUACUCAUUAUUUCAUGGAAAAUUUGCAAAGAUUGUCUGAUGCAAAUUAUAUUCCCACGAAGGAGGAUGUUCUAUAUGCAAGAGUUCGUACAACUGGUGUUGUUGAAAUUCAGUUCAGCCCUGUGGGGGAGAAUAAGAAAAGUGGUGAAGUAUACAGACUCUUUGAUGUGGGAGGCCAGAGAAAUGAGAGAAGGAAAUGGAUCCAUCUUUUUGAAGGUGUUACGGCUGUGAUCUUUUGUGCUGCUAUUAGCGAGUAUGAUCAAACUCUUUUUGAGGACGAACAGAAGAAUCGGAUGGUGGAGACAAAAGAACUCUUUGAUUGGGUCUUAAAGCAACCAUGCUUUGAGAAAACAUCCUUCAUGCUGUUCCUCAACAAAUUCGACAUAUUCGAAAACAAGGUUCUAAAGGUUCCGCUAAAUGUAUGCGAGUGGUUCAAAGAUUACCAGCCAGUUUCAACUGGAAAGCAAGAGAUCGAGCAUGCAUACGAGUUUGUAAAGAAGAAAUUCGAGGAGCUGUAUUUUCAAAGCACAGCCCCUGAUAGAGUUGACCGAGUCUUUAAGAUAUAUAGAACCACUGCCCUUGACCAGAAGCUUGUGAAGAAAACUUUCAAGCUCGUUGAUGAGUCUUUGAGACGGAGAAAUCUGUUCGAGGCUGGGUUGUUGUGAACGAGAUCACAAAACCCUAAUUGCAAAGACUUGUUCAUAAUAUGAAGAAUGUGAUCAUCACACCAUCUUGGAUGUUUUUGAAAUGCUGGCAUAUCAUAUCAUAUCAUAUUUUCAUCACAGGCUAAAAGUUUUGAUUUCCCCAUAUUGUUGAUCAAAUUUUUUUUUGUUAAAAAUCUUCUCUAAAAUCCCCAUGAUUCUAGGGACUCUGAUUUGUUCAGGGUAAAACAUUCCCCAGAGGAAUUUGUUUUUCUUGUUUGUUUCUGUCUUUCAGGGUUUGGGGGGGUGUAUCGGAUCAGACGUAUGAAGGAACAAUGAACAUGAAAAGACAUUCUUUAUUUCCUAGUAAUACAACACAUUGUUUAUAAUA